UGAAAAGUCCUUGCGGUAGGACAUUUAGUAUCAUAGCUCCUGUUCGUGCGUCUGUUGUAUCUGUAUAAUCUGACUUAUUCAAUAAAAUUUUAAUUGCAAUACAAUAAAAAGGUCGAAUUCAUCUUUUGCUUAUACCAAAAUUCCUACCCAGGUGUAAAAUGUAAACACAAAAGCUUUUCCUUUUCGUAAAACGGUAUCUGCAACAUAUAAAUACAAAUUGAAAAAAAAAGAAAACUUCUGUAUCCUUACUGCGGUACUUGUAUUCAACAUCGUCGUCGUCAUCGUCGUCGUCGUCAGUCAAAUUGUCAAUGUCAUUUUCUAAACUAAAAUACGAAAACGAAAAAAGUUAGUUUGAAAUUUACUACUCUCUCAAAACAUGGAAUAUAUAUGUGUGUGUGUUUAUUAUACCAAAGCAAGUGCGGCUAAAUCAAAUUAAUUUUGAUGAAAAAUUUGUUUGUUUUUUUAUUUUACAAUACGUAGAAAAUAAUAAAAUUACACAACAACAAAAAAGGAUUAAAUGUUAUUGAAAAGUAACAUUUUUGUGAAAAUCUUUAAUAUAUUCAAUUCAUCUUCUUAUGGAUUACGUUUUGGAUUAAUAUAUAUAACACAUCUUUUGUUGCUGAUGCUGUUAGAACCGAAACUUAUUAAAAGCGAUGUACCGCCACACUAUUGGGAUGCUCCAUAUGCUUUGCCGUUUUUUGACAAUUCGUCGCAACGUGAGGUGAUAACAACUGUUGGCAAAUCUGCCUAUCUACAUUGUCGUGUAAAAAAUCUUGGAGACAGAGCGGUAUCAUGGAUUCGAAAAAGGGAUCUGCACAUCCUCACUGUUGGCAUAAUAACAUACACAAAUGAUCAACGAUUUCAAUCCCUGCACACUGAAGGAUCCGAUGAAUGGACACUUAGAAUUUCCUCCCCCCAGCCAAGAGAUUCAGCAACAUAUGAGUGUCAAGUAUCAACUGAACCGAAAAUAAGUCAAGGCUUUCGACUCAAUGUUGUUGUUUCUCGAGCGAAAAUUCUUGGAAAUUCUGAACUUUUCAUCAAAAGUGGCAGCGAUUUGAAUUUGACAUGCUUAGCACUUCAAUCACCUACACCUCCUUCAUUUAUCUAUUGGUACAAGGAUAAGCGUGUGAUGAACUAUACAAAACAUGGUGGCAUCAAUGUUAUAACAGAGCGAAAGACUAGAACGAGUAUGUUACUGAUUGCCAGAGCAACACCCGCUGAUUCUGGAAACUAUACCUGUUUGCCAAGCAGUUCAUACUCUGCUAGUGUCGUAGUUCACGUUAUAAAUGGUGAACAUCCAGCAGCCAUGCAACAUGGCAACAGUAGUGCCAAUAGUUUAUCAAAUUCUCUUCAUUCCUAUCGGGCUUUAAGAUUAAUUGAUAUAAAUUUCAUCAUUAAAUAUAAAACACUCUACACAUUUUUGAUAAAUCUUUGGCACAUAAUACAAUUUAAAACAUUAAUUAUAUUAAUUGGAUUUUUAUUAAUCAACUCAACAAGAAACUACAGACAUUUUCUCUCAAUUAGAUGACUGUAAAUCAUAUUUCUUUUUAAAUAUAUAUUUAUCGUGUUGUGUAUUAUUAUUUUUAAUAAAAUCAUAAAAAAACAAAAUGAAUAAAAACGAACAAAAAAAUACUGA